AGGCUAAAUUUGAGCCAGCAGUGGAAAAAAGUUUCUCUUUUAUCUGAGUCUUUCUACCUAAAUGCCACAAAGGACUGCCAAGCUUUUGUAAGAGACAGAGGGUUUCUAACAGCUCCUCUGAGCAAAGAGGAAAGAGACUUUCCAAUCACUUACUCUAUGGUUAUCCAUGAGAAGAUUGAGAUGUUUGAGAGGCUCCUGCGUGCUAUUUACACUCCUCAGAAUGUUUACUGUGUUCAUGUGGACCAGAAGUCACCUAAGAUCUUUUCUGAGGCUGUACAAGCUAUUGUGUCUUGUUUGCCAAAUGUGUUUGUGGCCAGUAAGUUAGAGAGUAUUGUCUAUGCCUCUUGGUCACGAGUUCAAGCAGACAUCAACUGCAUGGAGGACCUUCUCAAGUCUCCUGUCAAGUGGAGGUAUCUGCUCAACGCAUAUGGGGCAGAUUUUCCCUUAAAAACCAAUGCAGAGCUUGUUCGCUCCCUGAAAAAUCUCAAUGGAAAGAAUAGUAUGGAGUCAGAAGUCACACCCUCACACAAAAAAGCCCGCUGGGAGUACCAUCAUAACGUCACCAAUACUGUGACUCGAACAGGUAUUAAGAAGACCACUCCACCCAUCGGCACCCCUAUGUUCUCUGGGAAUGCAUACUUUGUUGUUACUAGAGAGUUUGUAGAAUAUAUCUUUAAGACUCCAGAGAUCCAGAACUUUAUGGAAUGGGAGAAGGACACGUACAGCCCAGAUGAGCACAUGUGGGCAACACUACAUAGGAUGCCUUUGGUGCCUGGCUCCAACCCCCCCAAUGAAAAAUAUGAUGAGUCGGACAUGCUGGCCAUAGCGAGGUUGGUCAAGUGGAGUUAUCAUGAAGGAAACAUGAAGAAUGGAGCACCACAUCCACCAUGCACUGGGACAUAUAGACAUGCAGUGUGUGUUUAUGGAGCAGGGGACCUGAACUGGAUUCUGAAGCAGAAAUAUCUCUUUGCUAACAAAUUUGACCCACAAGUGGAUGAUAUUGCUAUAAAAUGCAUGGAGGUUUUUUUACGGUACAAAUCAAUUUAUGGUCAGUCUUUACUUAGCAUAGGUAAAACAAAAAGAAUUCAAUAAUGCUGCUACACAUUUACAGAAUGUAUACCAGCUGUGUAAAUUUUUUCAAGUUUAUUCAAGAAAAUAUUCUAUUGUUCAAAGUUCGUGAACCUUAAUAUAGCGAAGUCAGUAAUAUUUGAAAUAAGUUUUAACAGUUAAAAGAUUUUAACACUAGUAAAACAGACAAACUUCA